UGGGACCGGGACCGUGGCCGUGACCGUUGGGCCGACCACAUUUGGAAAAAAAAGCGUGGUCGGCGUCUCCAGUAUCCUCUGCGCUUCAGUGCAUCCAAAUGUGUUCCAUUUCACCACCUCCUGCAACUGAAAACCGUGCUCCUUCCAUGGAAGAUCACUGUUUCUCACAACUUUCGCCGAUCAACAUGGUAGCGAUCAGCUCCGAAGAAGCCCCCAACCAAGCAGAGCCCCGAUACGACCGCGAUAGCGAAUUGAAAGCCUUUGACGCCUCAAGGACCGGCGUGAAAGGCCUCGUCGACUCCGGAGUCUCCAAGGUCCCUCGUAUCUUCGUCGAUCGCCGGCCUCGAUCGCCCAACCGCUCUGAUCCCGCCGAGACAAGCUUCAGCAUUCCGAUCGUGGACUUGGAAGGAGUUCAUGAAGAUUCCAGCAAGCAAGGGGAGAUUGUCCGCAGAGUUGGCCAGGCGUGCGAGGACUGGGGCUUCUUCCAGGUGGUGAAUCACGGGAUCGGAGAUGGGAUCCUGAGCGGAAUCAUCGAUGGCGUGAGGAGGUUUCACGAGCAGGAGAGCGAGGUCAAGAAGGAGUUGUAUUCUAGAGAUGAGUCGAAGAAGGUGAUUUAUAACACCAACUUCGAUUUCUACAGAGCACCCGUAGCGAAUUGGAGGGAUUCGCUGUACUGUGCUAUGGCUCCUUACCCUCCGAGUCCGGAAGAGCUUCCUCAAGUUUGCAGAGAUAUAAUAAUGGAAUAUUCAAACCAACUAAUGAGACUGGGGCUUACCAUCUUCAAACUGCUAUCAGAAGCUCUGGGACUGAAUCUCAACCAUCUUGAAGACAUGGGCUGUGCUGAAGGACUGUACUUCAUUGGACACUAUUAUCCAUUAUGUCCUGAGCCAGAUUUGACUCAAGGAUUAAGCAAGCACACAGAUGGCGCCUUCCUCACGGUGGUAUUGCAAGACCAAACUGGUGGCCUUCAAGUCCUCCAUGAAAAUCACUGGGUAGAUGUUAACCCCAUUCAUGGUGCUCUCGUGGUGAACCUGGGUGACAUGUUGCAGCUAAUCACCAAUGGUAAGUUCAAAAGCGUCUAUCACAGAGUGUUGGCAAAGAACGUAGGACCGAGAACCUCGUUGGCCUGUUUCUUCAGAAAACAUUUUGAGCAAGAGGAUUCUCCCGGAAAAUAUGGGCCAAUUAAGGAGUUGUUAUCGGAACAGAACCCUCCAGUCUAUCGAGAAAUGUCCGUGAAAGACUAUGUCAAAUAUGUAUACUCAAAAGGCCUUGACGGGGUUCCUGCAACAGAUCAUUUAAAGUUGUGAGGAGUGAUCAAUCUGAAGUUGGUUCCCGUGCAGAACGGGCGUGGAUGACAAAAUCUGGCCAUAUGUGCAACUCAUGGUUUUCUUUAGUUCCAGAUGUGUUACAUUUUCAGCUUAAGGAGCUGCUGAGCUUGUAUCCAGUAAAUUGUGUUCAUCACUCCCGGCUUCGCGUCUCUCGCUAUU